AUAAUGAGUCACAGAAAUUAAACGUAGGGUGGAUGAAACUUGGUGCAGUGUGGCUGUGUGUUUGUGUUCAUGCUCAGCAGAGAAGUGGGAGUCAGAAGGGGGAGGUUAUGGCAAAUGCCUGUAAGUCAGGUUCAGCAUUCCAAUGCUAAGAGGAUAAGGUUGGAGAACAGGAUGGCAGAGGACAGCCAGGAGAGUCCCGCCAGUGAGGUGUACCGCGUGGAGGAACGACCAGAGCACGGCAUGAAGAUCUUACAGGGGCUCAACAAGCUCAAAAACGACAAAAUCCUGUGUGAUGUCACCCUCAUUGCUGAAGGUCAUCGAUUUGAGGCUCAUCGUGUAAUCCUAGUGUCCUGUUCUGAUUAUUUCCGAUCCAUGUUUACCAGUGGAAUGAGAGAAAGCAACCAGCGCGAGAUUGAGCUUAAAGGCAUCACAAGCAAAGGACUCGAGAAAACCUUAGAGAUUAUCUACACCUCUACAACCACUUUGGAGGGGGAUGACAUAUUUGAUGUCAUUGCUGCAGCUACUCAUCUACAAGUCACGCCUGUUAUCGAGUUCUGCGAGAGAAAUUUUUUGAGUGGAAUGAAUGUGAAUAAUUUCUAUGACUUUAUAAAUACGGCCAAGUUAUACAGUAUGACAAAUGCCCUGAAACAGAUAGAUGUUUUUAUUGCUAGAAACCUGCGCGAGAUCUCAAAAGAAGGUACAUUGCAUCUCUUAACAUAUGACCAGAUGGUAAAUUGUCUCCACAGCGACAGGCUCUGCUUGAAGGAGAUAGAAAUUUUCCAUAUAACUUGGGAGUGGUAUAGACUUAAUAGUAAUCAGGAUGAACAAGCAAACCGUUUAAUGAGUCUUAUUAGAUUUCCCUUAAUUAAUCCCACCGAUCUCGUUCAACAUGUACAAGCAGUCGAAAAAAUGAUGGAGAAACCAGAGUUACGACAAAUGGUGCUUGCUGCACUAAAUUACCAUGUUGUUCCCCAUUCCCAGCCACUCGAUAGCUCUAUUAACACACAGCUACGGUGCUUCAUGGAGAGGUUAGCCAGUGUUGGCGGCCGAGAAAUUCAUCCAAAUCCCUGCCUUCAUGAUGAAAUAUUUGUCUUUGAUUCCAAAAUCACAUCAAACAGCCUUUUAAACAGAUCAGAAAUAGCUUCCCUACCCAGUGCACUGAGCCACAUGCAGGUUGUUGUGUACAAUAACUUUUUGUAUGUUCUUGGUGGGUGCACUACUCAGUGUGCUCAUGGAGAAUCUGCUGUGAACUCAGUCAUGCGAUAUGACCCAAGAUUUGAUAGUUGGUUCCAGGUGAGCCCCAUGUUGCAUAAAAGGGCAUACUUCUUUGCUGGUGCACUGAAUAACCGUAUUUAUGCCGUAGGAGGGAAAUUCAAAGAUGGCAGUUUGGCAACUGCUGAAGCUUACAACCCUUCAGACAAUACAUGGGAGUUGAUAGCCUCCAUGCCUAUGUCUUACCAUGCUCAUGCUGGUGCAGUGUAUGGUGAUCAUAUAUACGUGUCGGGAGGGUACAGUGGCAAUCACUUCACUCCAGAUAUGCAACGAUAUGAUCCAUCCAACAACCAAUGGGAGGACAUGGCAGCCAUGUUGACUCCGCGAGGCUGGCAUGUCAUGUGUGCUGCUCAUGAUAAACUUUAUGUGUUUGGAGGCUGCAAUUUGAAUGUUAACCAGCAAGCACAACCUGUCAUGCAGUCGGAGUGCUACGAUCCCAAUACAGAUCAGUGGACAAUAAUCAAUCCGUUAUCCAUUUCCCACAAAGAGGCUUCGUGUGUUGUGUACAAUGACCAGAUCUAUGUGUUAGGAGGAUAUAAUGUUCAAACGAAAACGGGGCAAAAGUUGGUGUCUCGCUAUGAUAUUUACACUGGGAUAUGGGAGACAGUGGGAGCCCUUCCUCGGAGCCUGACAGGGGUGGGUUACUGCACCCUGAAAUUGCCUGAUUAUAUGGGUAGUGACAAAGAAUAAUGAUUUUCAUCCAGAACUUUUAACUCAUGGGAUGUGUGAUAAAGUUUGCUUGAGGUAAAAUCAUGAUGACGUAUUUUAUGUAUCGAGUAGUAAGAUAAUUGUGAAUUGAAUACUGGUGUUUAAUUUAUGUUAAGUUGUCUAGUUUUAUUAAGAACUGAAAACUCUUUUGUACUUUGUAAGAGUCUUGUGUAGCUCAAAUACAGAAUUGUAUGAAUGGUUUUGUAUGCUAUAUUGAAUACGUGAAUAUAUGUGUAGUUGUUCAUCAAAAUUAUUAUCAAUACAAGUAAUUUUCAAAUUUUGCAUAUGUGCAUGGAUUAAAUUAAACAGGAUAUAUAGUUGAAUUAAUCUGCAGAUCUCUUGUGCAUACUAAGGUAAACAUUUGUGAUGAAAAUGUUGACCUUUUAAUCAGCUUUUUGGACAAAACUUCAUGUAUAACAUUUUUGUUUUGCACUGUAAUUCCUUGUCAUAUGCAGUCACAUGCUGUUUUAUGAUAGGGAAACUUUUAGAAUUUUGUAUUGUUAUCAAUACAUGUAUUUUACAUUUGUUUGAGAUAUCUUGUUAGUGUCUUUCCAAAAAUGUCACUAUUCUUCCCACAUGUGAAAAUGACUCGAUAUGAAAAGCUUUCUGAGAUGAAGGGUAUCAAAAUAAUAGCAUAAAUAACGUCAAGAAAACUAUAAUCUGCUUCAAUGGGAACGUUUGAAUUAGGUAAAGUGUGUGUUGUGGCCAGUUAUUUAUCACGUUAUUUUCCAACUCCACAAGUGGUGCUUGACUUUUAUCAGGUUACAGGUUAUUUUGAAUCAAACUGAAAUGGAACAGAGUAUUUUUAGUGCAUUACUUUGGACAUUUGGUGAUGAGGGCCUGUUUAAUUAUUAUGCUUCUGUGUUCCAAGAAAAUUGAAAGUUCUAAUUUUAAAAAAUUAUCAAUUAUUGUGAAUUCACCACCAGUGGGGAAAAUUGGCAAUGCAAAUUUUGCACCUUAUAGGCCUACAAAUCAUUUGUUUUGUAAGAAUUGAGAUUUUCUAACAAAGUAAAUUGUAAGAUUUGACGGAAAUGGAAAUGAAAUAUUGUUUGUUUCCCCUUUCUGAUCCUUCAUUAAGAUCUUUGAAUAGGCAAGUAAGAAAAAUAUUUUCAGAGGAGCAAUAGAUGUAGAAAUAAAUACAUUGAGUGUGCAAGAAUCACUUCAAGAGUCAACAUGGAAAUGUCCAAGUUUUCUUACAAACUUUCAAAAAAAGCAUCUUUUAUUUAAGGAGAAAUAAACACAUCAGAGAAAUCUGAUAUGGAUGGAAAGUGGAGGAUAUGUACACUAAUAUAUUGAAAUUAAAAACUUUGAAAUUUUCCUUAUUUAGUUAAAAAAUGCAGUUUUAGUUGAAAUAAUCUGAUGAAAAGAGAAAAGAAAACCUGCUAGAUUCAAAUUCAGAAGUCUACAUGUUGACCUACAGAGCUACUCAUCUAGACAAUAAUAUUUUUAAAAAUGGAAUACACAGGUAUUGACAAUUUUUAUAUUUUCAUGUAUGUUUCAAAAGGAAGUCGGCCAUUAUAUGACAAUGUGUUAUUCCGCUUUAAGAGAAGAAAAGCAAUCAAAGGUAUUGAGUUAGGAACAUUUUUUUCUGGGUCAGUCGAAAAGGGGGAAACAAACAAAAGUUUCAAUUUUGGCAAUAUGAAUUUACAUCCAGGAUGUUUAUAGGUUAUAGACUUUGUAUGGGAAAAUAUGACGACCAAGUUUCUUGGUGCGUAAGCGAGGUCGUCAUAUUUUCCCAUACAAAGUCUAUAAACUUUUUAUUAUAUACUUUCAAUUUCAUUUAGAAACUAACAAUAAUUUUAUUUUUAACAAUUUCUUUAUUGGUUUAACAGUAAAAGAUGAAAAACACGAAGAAAAAAUUAAAUUAACGGCGUAGUUCCGGCAUGUGUAUUGAUUUUGACGUAAUGUUUGCGGGCCAGAAUGGAAAAAGAAGAGAUAAAAUUGAAAGUAUAUGAUACCUCAAGAUAUUGAAUUUCUGACUUGAUUUCAUUUACACUGUAAAAUGCAUUGCAUCGUGUUUAGAAUUGUUUCAGGUACAUGUAUAUUUGCAGUUAUUGCAUGUCAUGAUUGGUACUUAUGAGCAUUGCAGGGCUCUUGCAUUUGUUUUCAUGAUAGUUACAUUUUAUUGAUACUAAAAAGUUAAGAGUGUAAGAAAUUACAUGUAAAUUGCUAUUCAUUUCUACAGUUAAGUGACAUGCUAGAUAAUUUGUUAUUUGAGAGAUUUGUUGGCAUAUGUAAAUCCUGUCAACUUUUAAUAAAGUAAAAUAUUUCCCAUU